ACACGCGAGUGGUGUUCGCUAGCGCCUGGACUUUCACUCAGUUCAGAUUUUCAUUUUUUUAAAGGAUCGUUCCUUGUGCUUGUUCAGAGCUGAGCGGGACUCGAAAGAAAAGAUGGAUAUUUUGAAGCCACCUAUCAUCUACAUCGACGGACGAUGUUAUCGACAGAAUCCAGUGCAGAGACCCGCAGAGUGGGCGGAGCCUGAUGAUGAGGAGAUGGAGGGAUACGGGGAGGAGUAUGAUGAGUACCAAACAGAAGAAAGUUGUGACUUUCUCGACAUCAAACAAACCGACAAGGGCUACAGCUUGACCAUGGAGGUACCAAGUGGCUUCUUUGGUUACAUCAUCGGGAAGCAAGGAGAGACGAGGAAGAGGAUUGAGCGCGAGACCAAGACCAGAAUCCUCAUCCCUAACAAGGCUCAGAAGGAGGAAGAUGAGAUUGUCAUUCGUGGGGAGCAGAGACCAGGCAUCAUCUCAGCCAAGACUAGAAUCGAUGUCAUUGUCUCGUCAGCGAGACAGAAGACGCCAUUCACUCACUUGCUGACCAUGCCCUUCAACAGUCAACCUACGCAGGAACGCUUCCAAGACUUCAAGGAGGACGUUCUGAGAGGGAGUAGACGAGAUGAAGGCUUGCAUGAGAGCUUAUUCCAGAAGCCAGCCAAGUUACAUCUGACUGUGGGCACUAUGGUACUGAUGUCCAAGAAAGAAGUGGCCCAGGCAAAAGAACUUCUCGAAAAAUGCAAAGAGGAAAUUAUCAAACCGAUCCUGGGUGAAUCCUUUCUGCUGGUGAAGCUAAAAGGCCUGGAAUACAUGAAUGAUGAGCCGGAAAAAGUGGACGUUCUGUACGGGAAGGCAAAAAUGAAAGACGGUUCCAACAAACUACAACUCAUCUGUGAUAGUCUAGUGGAUCGCUUCGUCUCGGCUGGUCUGAUGCAGCGUGACUACGACCGAGUCAAGAUCCACGUCACGCUCAUCAAUACGCUCUUCAGGAAAGAACCGGAUGCUGAAGAUGGUUCCAAGAGAGUCAAGGGCAGGAGGGAGGGCGGAGCCGAGAGGGUCAGGGAGGCGUUCGAUGCGACGAGAAUACUCAACGAAUUUCCGGACUACUCCUUUGGAGAUUGCCUGAUCAGUUCCGUCCAGAUAUCACAGCGAGGUUCCUACGGAUGCGAUGGUUACUACCUGCAGGUUGGCUCAAUAUCGUUACCAUGACAACUGCAUCAUUGGGCAGAAGGAGUUUAUAGGACUUUGACAUCUCAAGAACUUGCCGAGCAUUUUCCAGCUUAUGAGUGCAUGGACACUUAGUUAUUCCCAAGAACUAAAUGGGUUUCGGAACUUUGAU